UAAAUUCGAUAUUUGGCCUAAAUAUUAAUAUUAUUAAUUGAAGAUAUUUUCUUUUUAAUGUAAUAGCUGAAUAAUAACUCUUCUGAAAUAUUAUAAUAAAGAGUAAAAACAGAAGAUAAUUCUUCUGGAGGUUGCGGCUUUUACUAAAAGAGAAGUUAGACUUCAGUUCAUAACUCUAGAUAACCAAAUGAAAAAGAUGUUUAAAAGUUUGUUGCCAUGAAGCUCAACAAUUUUAGGGAAAUAAUAUCGCCUGGUUUCAAGAGUGGAAAAGAGAUUAAAUAGUUGGAGAGAGAAAGAUAUGGCAAAGUUAGGAAAGAUUCCAUAGAGGAAAGGGAAAAAUCAAAUGAAAAAUGCAAACAAUUACUUAAUGAAGUUUUUGAAAAGUCUGGUGAUGAUCUAAACAUGAAGAUCUUUGAUAAAUUUAAUUUGAGCAGUCUGACUAAAAAAGUAGAGAAAGUUAAAAUGCCUGAAUGCAAAAAUUUAAUGAUAAAAUAUGGUGAAAAAAUUCUUUCGCAGUAAAAUAAAGCUCUUGAUCCAAAUGCCUACUUAAUCAGAUAACAAGAAAAUGACUUUAAAACAAAGAAAUUAUAUUCUCUUAAUGUUGCAGAUCCAAAAACAAUUGAAAGAAUGAUGAAAUAGUAUUAUGUUAAAUCAACUAAUAUUAAUUAUAAUUACUCUAAUGUCAGAAAGCCAAGUACAAGUUUAAAUUCAUCAAGAGUUACUUAAAAUGUGUCUCAAAGCUUAUCGAAUUCUUAACUGCCUUAUCUAAAAAUGUUUUAGAGAUUGAAAAACUUCUAAAAAAGUGAUAAAAAAAAUGACAUAACACAAUUAACAUUUAUUACACAAGACUCUCCUGAAAGAGAGAGAAUUUAAUUCCAAAAAUUUUUUGAAGAGAAAGAGAAUGUGUUUGAUAAAUCUGAUGUUCAUUUAAGAAACAAGAGCUUAAAUAAUUAGUAGUUCGAUAAUAUACUCAAAGAAAGUAAUAGCAAAAAUAACGAGGAAGAUAUCUAGCAUUAUUCUUAAUAAAUCUUAAGCGAAUUCACAAGCAGAAUUAAUAGCACUGACUGUCUUUCUUUUCGUGAAGUUUCAGAAUAAGACAAAAAAAGAAUCGAAGAAGUAAAAACAGACACUCAUGACCCUAGAUAUGAGGUUUUUAAUCUUGACAACAAAAUUUAAGGCAAAUACGACAAAAUAUAUAAUUACUUAAGCUUUAAAAUUGCAUAUGCUGAUGAAUAGAAAGCAUCUAGAACCUACAAAAUAUAUCAUAAUCAACUGUUAAAAUAAAAAUAAAAACAAAAUGAGAUGGAGUUAAAGAAGAAGAAUACUUUGGAGAUUUUUGAUCAACUAGAAUAGAAAAGCCAACCAUAAAGCCCUCUUAAUCCAAGUUUAAUGAAAAGAUAUAAACACAUUUUGAAAUCGUAAGAAAACUCUCCAUAAAAAAUUAAUUUAUAGGCAAUGAGCUUUUCAAAAAAUAAUUCAAUUGAGUUGGAGGAUCUUUCAUUUUCUCUGGUAAAGAGAAAGAAUUAAUUUAGCGAAGAAUAAAAUGCUUUAAAUACCAAAGACGCUGCUUUUGAAGAACUUUCACCUAGAGGAAAAGCAAAUUAUAUUAUUGAAUAAAAGCUGAAAGAGCUUAAUAAAAUAGAUGAAUCUAGGAUAAAAAGAUUGCAGAGAAUCAAUCUACAUAAAGAAAAAGAAAAAUGGUAACAAUUUAAACAAACUGAAUUAAAUGAAGAGCAAAUUAAUGAGGUUAUCGAAAUUUACAAUUAAGAAAAAUAAAAAAAAUUAGAAAAACAAUAAAAAGAACAAGAAAAACAAAAAAUCUAAGAAUUGUAAAAUGAAAAUGAGUUUGAAGAAAAACAAAAUAUCAUCAAACUUAAAGAUUUGUAAAACGUAAUAAAUUAAAUAGACUUAAACUAAUUCGAUAAUUAUAGCAAUAAUAAGGAUUAAAAAUUAACUUCAACCAUAGACUCGCUCCCGAAGAAAAACAUUCUGAUUGCAGAGUAGUUAAAAAUAGAUUAAUCAAAUUCUAAUAAAAAUUCAAGCAUUAAUUAAAGCAAAAUGACUAAAAAAAGAAAUAUUUCUUCUGAUUAAUUUCAUUUAUAAAACAAAAACUCAUCAUAGCAAACAUAAAAAUAGCAAUAAACUAAAUUCAACCUCAGUCAUCUUUAUUUAAAUAAAUAAAAUGACGAAGAUGAAAUAAAAUUGUAAAGAUAGCUCAAAUCUAAAUAGUUAGAAGAAAACAAGAAGAAUGGUAUAUCUCAAGUAGUUGAUUUACGCACAAACAUUUUAAGAAUCUAAAAAAACAUCUAUAAAAAAAAAAAUGUAAAACUCUACAUGCUCAGUCAGCACAAAUUAGACUAAGAAUUCGAUGUUGUAUGCAAAGACCUCUAAACAAUAUCAGAAAAAAAUAAUCCUUUGAUGCUAGCUAGCACGAAAUCAAAACAAUGA